AAAGAUCUUCUUUACUUCAAUUCAAUCAAACACUUUGCAAAGAAUUCAAAUAUGGGGAUUCGCUUGCCCAGAAUCGUAAGUGCUAAGCAAAUUCUAAGACGGAUUCUUUUAUCACAAGAAACUACUGAUGUGCCUAAAGGCCACUUUGCUGUUUAUGUUGGAGAAAAUCAGAAGAAGAGAUUUUCUGUUCCAAUAUCAUAUUUGAAGCAUCCUUCAUUUCAGAACCUGCUGAGUCAAGCUGAAGAAGAGUUUGGGUUUCAUCAUCCCAUGGGUGGCCUCACUAUCCCAUGCAGUGAACAAGUCUUCACUGAUCUCAUUUUCAGUUUGUAGACCUUGUAAUGAUGUUACUAUAUGAGGGAUGUAGUGUAGAGGACACACUAACAAUGCUAAUCUUUUUAUCAAUUUUGGAUUGACAAAUGAAAAUAUAUUUAAAUCUUUAUUGUUUGAA